GAGAUCUCGGACGGCAACAAAGAGCAGGGAGAGUUUCUCAUUUCUUUCUCCAGUCCCUCCUCGAGCAUAGCAACCAUGGCUGGUCAACAUCCCGAUCUUGAUCCAGCGCCGGCCGUCGAUGCCUGCGACUACCUCAAGAUUGUUCUCAACCCAGACGGCACGAUCACGCGCGGCGUCGACGUUCCGACGACCCCCGCCGUGCCCGAUCCCGACCAACCCUCCGCCGUCCGCACCAAGGACGUCCCGCUCGACCCGACCCGCAACACUUGGGCCCGGAUCUACGUGCCUCCCCCGUCAACAGCGGCCGACCAAAAGCUACCGCUCAUCGUGUACUACCACGGCGGCGGUUUCGUACUCAUGUCCCCGUCCGCCACGAUAAACCACGAUUUCUGCUCCCUCAUGGCGGCGAAGCUCUCCGCCGUCGUCAUCUCCCCCGCCUACCGCCUCGCUCCGGAGCACCGCCUCCCCGCGGCCUACGACGACGCCGUGGAGGCCCUCCGCUGGGUCAGGACCACCGAGGACGAGUGGCUUCGCGAGCGGGUCGACUUCUCGCGGUGCUUCCUGAUGGGCACGAGCGCGGGGGGGAACAUCGCAUAUCACGUGGGCUUGCGCGCGUGCGCCGCCGCCGCGGCCGAUCUGGAGCCUUUGGUGAUCAGGGGCCUGAUCUUGCACCACCCCUUCUUCGGUAGGUCCCUGAGGACCGAGUCGGAAGUGAGGCUGUUCAACAACCCAACCCUGCCGGUGAACGGGGCGGACCUGCUGUGGGAGUUGGCGCUGCCGGCAGGCGCCGACCGGGACCACGAGUAUUGCAAUCCGACGUCCGUGGACAGAUCGGAGGAGUGGGAGAGGAUGAGAGCGAAGGGGUGGCGAGUGGUGGUGGUGGCCGGCGCCGGAGAUCCGAUGAUAGAUCAGCAGAGGGAGCUGGCGGCGGAGCUAGAGGCGAAGGGCGUGGACGUGGUGGGCAUUUUCGGCGGCGAAGGCGAUUAUCAUGGAGUGGAGGUGCUGGAACCGGCUAAGGGAGAGUUAUUAGUGGAGAAACUGAAAGGUACCGUUUGAGCCGGCCGGUGGCGCGGCUAUGCCGGCGGCCCGGGAUGGGAAGAUUAACGGCGGUCGAAGAUGGAUGCCGUCUAUCGAACAAUAACAAUCUUAUAUCUUGUAAGAAAGUGAGGACGAGUAGUAUAAAUGUGCUCAUGCAUCAUCUUUAUCUCCACCAUGUGAAAACGUGAUGUGAUAUGCAUAUGCUUUUCUUAAGUUUAAUAUUAAAAGAUUUCCGAAUCAA